CAUCCUCUCCUAAAGCCCUUUACUUUGCGCAUGUACAGCCAAACAGAACAUUUCACCGACUCCAAGAUGGCGUUAACACCACUGGCUUGCGUUCUGCUUCUCCUUUCCAUGCAAUGCUACAUCAGCACCUUGGCAGUCCUCCUGAAGACGACGAAUUCUAAACCGUGGGUCAACGAGUUUGAAUCCAUCGAGCUGUCCUGCAUGAUCGAGUCCAUCAUCACCACUAAACCCAGAAUAGAGUGGAAGAAGAUUAAGAAUGGAGACCCGAGCUACGUGUAUUUCGAUAAUCAAAUAUCAGGUGACUUGGAAAGGAGAGCAAAAAUUCGGGAGCCUGCAACCCUGGUCAUUCUCAAUGCCACAAGAUCAGACAGCGCUGACUACCGCUGUGAAGUCACAGCACCCAAUGACCAGAAAUCCUUCGAUGAGAUCUUGAUAUCACUCACUGUGCGAGUGAAGCCAGUCGUGCCCAGAUGCUCUGUGCCCAAGUCUAUCCCAGUGGGCAAACCAGCAGAGCUGCAUUGCCUGGAGGAUGAAGGCUACCCAAAAUCCCAAUACCAGUGGUUCCGCAACAAGGAGGAAAUCCCGCUAGAUCCCAAGAGCAGCCCAAAGUUCUUCAACUCCACUUACGCCCUAGAUGGGGAAAUGGGCACGCUGAAAUUCAGUGCAGUCAGAAAGGAGGACGCGGGAGAAUAUUACUGCCGAGCCAAAAAUGAGGCUGGCAUCUCUGAAUGUGGACCGCAGAUGAUGGAAGUUUAUGACAUCAACAUUGCCGGCAUCAUUCUGGGAGUCGUGGUGGUGGUGAUGGUCCUCUUGUGUAUAACAGUGGGCAUCUUCUGUGCCUAUAAACGUGGCUACUUCACCAGCCAGAAGCAGACGGGAAACAAUUACAAAGCUCCAGCAAAAGGAGAUGGAGUAGACUAUGUCAGAACAGAGGAUGAGGGGGAUUUCAGGCACAAAUCCUCAUUUGUCAUCUGAGAGGAGGAAGAUUUCUGAUGGAAGAGAUGCAGAAUUACGUUCAAUUUAUUGGCGCUAUUUUACCUCGCAGACACAAAUCCCCAAAUGAGGACACAGAUGUCAGAGCUGCCACGGCACGUGCCUCGCUUUACGGCACAACAGUGACUACACAACUUGUAUUUGCCAAAGGUGACAAAUAAUUGCAUCUGAUCACUGUUUAAAAACGUAUUAGAUGUUUCUCUUUUCAACUUUUGCAGCCCCUUUUUACGACUGACUAAAAUUUCAAAUUGAAGUAAAAGCCGAUAAAUACAGUAGUACAUCCAGAAAACGUUUUCCUCAAGCUCUUCUGUCACUUUGAGAACAUUUGUUUUGUACUAGCUAAAUUUCUCAGACUAUUUUUGAUGGAAUAUAUUUUAAAAAUGCCUAUAGAAAACAAAAUGUUUUACUUUUUUAAAUAUUUGUAAAAUACUAACCUGGAAGCCAGUACCUUUUAGUUUUAGCUCUUUUGAUUGUGACUAAUUUUAAACCACUCACUUCACAUCCUCGGUUUUCGUUUUUCAACAUGCAAACGAUGCACCAAACCACUCGACGUGUGGAUGUUUUGUUUUCCAGUUCAAAUCCUUUCAGUCGCAUAUCCAGCGAACACCGGCUUCAAUCAAAGGUCUUAUGUAAUGACAAAACUGCUGGGAUUUCAUGAUAGUAGUGAAAGGACGUUCCAUGUUCAUGUUUGUAGAUAGUCUUAGAUGGUGAACAUCUUCAGAAAAACACCAGCAAAAAAAUCUAAACAAACAAAAAAAGCUGGAGAUUAUUUUGAAAGACCAGUGCUGCGUAUUUUUGAUUUUAAGUGUCCUUCUUAUGCUAGCUGUUUAUCUUGUAUAUAGUGAAUAUACUGUCUAGGUUGUUUCUUAUUUUUUUAUUAUGAUAUAUUUUUCCUUUGCUUUCUCUUUUCUUUUUAUUAUUUGAGUGAAUAAACACACUCCUCAUGUUACUUUAUAACACGACAGGGUUUGUUAGUUGGCUAACUGUUACUGGUUGUAUAUAGAUCCACUGUGCGAUACACUGCGUAAGAUGUUUUUGGUCGAACCAAACGCUGAAUGAGGCAAAUAUGACACUCUUUCCGUGGUAGAGAGGGGAUCUGCCUUAUUAAAUACAUAACAGCAAACCUGGAACCAUGUAAACUUACCUUUACUUCCAUAGCCAUGAUUAUGAAUAAAUUUAGACUGUUCACACGUAAUGUUGACCUAAAUGAAGACUUUAAAGAGUACAAUCAGCUGAAGCAGAAUGCUACGUUUUAUGAGUAAAACCAUUUGUUUUCAUCCUUACAUGCUCAGAAAACUUCUGAAGAAUCAUUCCUCUUAAGUGCCUUCCUCUGUAGCCUGAAUGGUGACAAUAAUGCAGACAGGGCCGUAACCAUUAUAGAUACUGAGGGGACAUGUCUAUGUAUAUAAACAGCCUUGUUAAUAUUUUAAAUGACUUGUGUUGCGAUUUAUUAACCCUUAUGUACUGUUGGGGAUGAUUUCAUCCACUCUGAGGUGAUUUUGAGUCUUAAUUUUGGCCAAAACGUUUUCUGUGUUUCAGCUAGCAGAAGGAUUUUUGGUGACAAAUCUUAUUUUGACAUGUAUUUUGGGAAAAUGCUUUGAAAUUUAAAAUAAAAUCAACAAUACACUCCAAAUAUACUACCCUUUUGUUAUCUUAAGGAUGAAAACA